AGAUUCAUCCUCAUCGACAUGGACAACACGAUCGUUGAUUGGGAUGAAGAGUUUCUGCGGAGGUUUAACGAAUCGUUCGCUGACCUUGCAAGCAACCUGGCCAUUGAAGAGUUAGUGAGGAACAGAAAGCACUUUGAGAUUGAGGAUAAUUUCCCUGAGUAUGUCAGGCCUGCUGUCCUCCAAGUCAUCGCUCAGCCCGGGUUUUAUCGCUCCCUCCGACCUCUUCCUGACGCCAUCGAAGCCCUUCAAGAAAUGCUCGCAGAAGGGUUUGACGUUCGGCUCGUCACGGCACCUCAUCCCUGUUGUCCUGGUGUCUGUUGUAGGGACAAGUUUGCAUGGCUGAAGGAGUACCUGGGCGAUGAAUGGCUUCAUCGCAUGAUAUUGACAAGAGACAAAACUCUCAUACUUGGCGACGUGCUGAUUGAUGACAAACCGAAAAUUACGGGCUGCUGCAUCCCCAUAUGGAAGCAUAUUAUCUUCGAACGUGCUUACAAUGUGGAUGUUCAAGAUCGUACACGCAUUCGUGCAUGGAAAGAGUGGAAGAAAAUACUCCGUGAAGAAAAUGAGACGUUAAGAUGGUGA